CGGCAUGCAACAAGCUGGCUACAAUUUCCAAUUCGCAGAACAUGUACAGCAACUUAUUUGCUGCUAACCCAAGCAUUCAUAACUACCCGACGCCAACGACAGGACCGAUCGAUACAAAUCCUCCUCACUCCGCGCCGGAGCAGGACAAAUAGCAGACUACCCGCGACGAACUCCACGCGCAGCCUCCGACCUCCGUGAGACCCGGAGACGGUGGGCGUGAUGGCUCCCAAUGUGACAUCCUUCAACGCCCUUCGGGCUCGCACCUAUCUCUUCCGGCUGCCAUUGUUUACGAGAAUCGUGAAUCUAGUCAUCAUUGCCGCAUGGAUCGCGGGCAUCCAGUCGGCUUGGGACAUCAGGCAAUGGGGCGCCUUGAUUCCUGAUCAGCUGUCAUUCACAGCUUCGUACCGAAUGAACACAUUUCCCUUUAUCCAUAAAAAUUUUAUCCACGCGAUCAUGAAUCUCUUGGCCUUGACACCGCUGAUGGAACGCUUCGAGGCGGAAUUUGGUACCCUGACCUCAAUAGCGCUCUUUAUCGGUCCUCUUUCCACGAUUCCGGCCGUUCUAUAUGUUUUGAUUGAACGAUUUCUCUUCAAGGGCAACGUUGGAGUUAUGGGAGCCAGUGUUUGGGUCUUCUUGCUCCUCGGCAUGGAAGCAAUUCGAACCUCCAAGACAAACCCCCAACUGACGAUUGCGACGUACUCGAUUCCUAUGUGGACAACGCCUCUGAUCCUCAUUUUGGUGGUUACGGCGCUCGUCCCUGGCACAAGCUUACUAGGCCACCUUUGCGGCGUCUUGGUUGGGUAUUUAUUUGGUCUCGGCUACUUAAAGUUCCUAAGCCCACCUGAGAAGGCCCUGAGAUGGGUCGAGUCCAAGCUGAACCUGUUGGGCCGUCUGCCUCACUAUGUAAGCGUGGACCAGAAGACCUAUGGCCGGUUUGGUGUUUUGCCUUCAAGCAACCAUGCCGGCAGCGGCAGCGCUCCCAUUGCACUUGUUGGUACCACUCAAAGACUUGGACCAUGAAGAAUUCGCCCCUGAACUUGUAUCAUCACAUUGCAUACUGCCUGGCGAGGCUGGAUUGCAUCUAAGUCGGAGUUUGGAGUUUGGUCGCGGCCGAAUGUGGCCCAUACACAGGAUGGGUAAAACUUUAUGACUUACAAUUCCCUUUGUUCCUGGGUCGUCUGAAAGCGGCCCUAAGUGGUCACGUACUGCAUUCCCGAUUAUCUAGAUCGCUGCAUUUAAACGUGAAGAAGGAUUAUAGGGGAGUAAACGAAAACUCGCCAGGCAGCAGAUUGACUACCUUGGACACGGCUGUGGAAUAGCCAAUCCAGGCAACUACCAACAAAAAAAGAAGAAAAGAAGCCUUUACAUGGUGAAUUCGGCUUGUAAGCAGCAUCAGUCGUAGUAUCAAGAAUAUUGUACCUUUUAGAUGCGGUGAUUUACCUACCAUCCGCCGAAGCUGGCUGGUGUGUAGAGGAUCUCCAAAACAGGGGUAGGUUGGGUAAGCUAGCGAACGCGGGUUCGCGCUGGCUAAAUGAAUAUUUGGGGC